AUGAAUUUUUGCUAGAAUCAUACAACUUGCCCAUUAGCUUUCAUUUGUACGCAGCCCCAUAAUUGCCAUAGAAAGCUUUGCUCAAUAUGUUUAGAGAAACAUGGUUUUGAUGAAAAAUACUAGAUUAAUAUUAAUGAUUUUUCUAAGUUCAUUAAUGAAAAGUUGAACAAAGUCAAACCAAACUAUAAUUAAUAAUAAUAAUAAAUAAAAAAUGCUUUUUCAUAGAUAUUCAACAAAUUUUAAAAGUUGAUAUUGGAAAUGAAGGAAGAUUGUAAAAAUAUACUAGAAAAUUGUUUUAAUCUUAUUAAUAAAGAAGAUUAAAUUUGCUUGAACUUGUAAACCUCGAAUAUUGCUGAUUUAUCUAAUUCUGAUCUUAAUGAAAUAGUAAAUAUACUUGAAGGUGAUGGAUUAGAAAAAUGGUAAAAAUUUACAAGUUCCCUUAUGAUAAAAUUAAAUUAAGCAAUAAAAAAUUUAGAGGAUCAAAUUGAAUAUCUCAAAAUGAAUCAUUAAAAGCAUAAUUAGUAAUUUAUUUCGUAAACAAAGUAAAAGUCAAUUCUUCAUUUUUUUAGACUUCAAGAAAAAUAAUUCUCAGCAAUUUUCAAAAGAUUUGAGGGAUUAUAAAAACAUAAAGGAUUUUUUUGGAAUAAUGGUAGAUAUAUUGGAAUUGAGUUUGAAGUUGGAUUUAAUAAAAACAAAGAAGUAAAAUACAUAAAAGACGGCUAAAUCAUUAGAAUGUAUUUUUGAAUAUAUAUCCAAUAUAGAGAUUAAUUUAUAGAAAUCACAAAACCACCUAUUAUGAUGAAUAAUUAUGAAUAGAUAAAUUAUUUAUAGUGGAUUGGACAAUACGGAUAGAAUAAUUAAAAGAUUGGAAAAUGGAUAAUUACAUGGAAUGGGGAAAUUUUAUUUGAUUUAGGUGGAUAGUACUCUAAUGAUGGCAUAAAAGAAGGGUAAUGGAAAGAAAUAAUUCUUAAUUAUUGGAGGUAGUCUAAAAUUAUUAAUUUUGUUAGUAAAGCCUAAGCAUAUGAAUCAGGAGAAUAUGUAAAUGAUAAAAGAUUUGGAAUUUGGAAAUAUAUUUAUUAAGAAAAAGAAAUGUACUUAUAUUAAUAGAAAAAAUUAGAAUAAUUGGAGUGUAUGAUUAAAAUGGGAUAAAAAAAGGCAAAUGGAUUGAGUUUUCUGAGGGAUUUAGCAACUUUUCAAAAGUUGCUUAUCAUGGCGAAUACAAUUUGAAGGGGUAAAAAAAAGGUAAAUGGGAUACCAUGUAUAGUCAGCAGAGAGAAAAGUAGUAUAUAAAUAUGUAAAUGUAAAAAUAUGUUAGUGGUGGAGGUUCAUAUAAUGAGUAAGAAGAAAGUUCAAUAAAGUUCGGGAAGUGGAUCGAGUUAUCAAAUGGCUUUAGAGAUGCAUCUUAAGUUACUUAUAAUGGAUACUAUAAUAAUAAGGGUAAUAAAAUUGGUGGAUGGAUUAUUGUAUAUAAGGGAUAAUAAAUGUAAGAAUCCAAAAUAUUUUAGAGGUGGCGGAUCAUAUGAUGAAUAGGAAGGGAUUUCAAUGAAAAUUGGAAGAUGGAUUGAAGACUGGGAGGGAUUUUGGGAAUAAAGUUAAGUUACUUUUGAAGGUGAAUAUAACUUGAAUGGUAAUAAAGUUGGUAAAUGGGACAUUAUAUAUAAAAAAGACUAGGAAUCUAAAUAAAUGUAUAAUCAACACUUAUAUUUUAGUGGCGGAGGAUCAUUUGAUGAGUAAGAAGGAACUUCAAAAAAAAUUGGUAUAUGGAGAGAAGUAUGUUGGGGAUUUUAGGAUAUGAGCUAACUCCUUUUUUAUGGUGAAUAUAAUGCAAAUGGCAAUAAAGUAGGUAAGUGGGAAAUGUAAAUGAAAGAAUGUAAAAUGUAAUGUUUUAAUUUAUUAAUUUAUUGUAGAGGGGGAGGAUCGUAUGAGGAAUAAGAAGGAGUUUCAAGAAAAAUAGGAUACUGGAGAGAAUGCAUAGAUGGAUUUAGUGAUGAUGCUUAUGUCACCUAUAAUGGUGAAUAUAAUAAGAAAGGAAUAAAAGUUGGAAAAUGGGAAAUUUUACAUCAGGGAUUACCAAUGUAAAGAUUACUAUUUAUUUAAGUGGUGGUGGACUUUAUUACGAAAUAGAGGGAAUAUAAAAAAAAAUUGGAUAAUGGAUUGAAGAAUGCUCAGGAUUUUGCGGUAGGAACUAAACCACUUAUAGUGGUGAGUAUAAUAUGAUUGGCUAAAAAGUUGGAAGAUGGGAUGUUUUAUUUAGGAGAUCAAAAAUGUAAAGUUUAAAAUUAUGAUAGUGGUGGUGGAUUAUAUAAUUUCUAAGAAGGAGAUUCAAAAAAGGUUGGAUAAUGGAUAGAGGAUUUAGAAAGUUUUAAUGAUUCCAAAUAAGUCACUUUUGAAGGUGAAUAUAAUAUAAAUGGUCAUAAAAUUGGUAGAUGGAAUUUCGUAUAUCGAGGAAAUAAAAUGUAAAGAAUCUAGUUAUUUUAGCGGAGGUGGAUCUUAUGAGGAAUAAUAAGGAGCUUUUAGAAAGAUUGGAUAGUGGACUGAGUUAUCGGAUGGUUUCAAGGAUACAUUACAAGUCACUUAUACUGGUGAAUAUAAUCUGAUUAGUAAGAAAAUUGGUAGAUGGGAUACCUUUUACAAAGAGGACAAAGAUUAUAAAUAAAUGUAAAAGUUGUAUAAAUUUUAGUGGCGGUGGAACAUAUGAAGUUUGUGACGGAUUAUCAAGAAAGAUUGGCCAGUGGAUUGAAUUAAGCGACAUGUUUCAGAGUGCAUCCUAAAUUACUUAUAAAGGUGAGUAUAAUCAAAAUUGCAAUAAAGUUGAUAGAUGGGAUAUUUUAUUUAAGGGAAUAUAAAUGUAAAAAUAUAAGUUUAAUGUAGUGGUGGUGGAUCUUAUAAUGAAUAAAAUGGGGUUUCUGAAAAGGUUGGGAGCUGGAUUGACAUAAGUGAAGGGUUUUGGAAUGGGUCUCAAAUUACAUAUGUGGGUGAAUAUAAUAUGAAUGGAAAUAAAAUUGGUAGAUGGGAUACAUGGUUUUAGAAGAAUUUUGGAAGCAAAAAAAAUGAAUAAAUGUAACUUUUAAUAUUCAUUAUAGUGGCGGAGGAUCAUAUGAUGAGUAAAAUGGACAUUCAGUGAAAGUUGGUAAAUGGGUUGAGUUAUAAAAUGGAUUUGAUAAAAAUGAUUAAAUAACUUUUACAGGAGAAUAUAAUGGAUAAGGAAAAAAAAUAGGUAUAUGGAUUUAGAUGGAUUUAAAGGAGAAUAAGAAAGUGAAAUAAAUGAAUUAUGAUCAUUGA